AGAGUACUUGAAUCCAUCGUGAUACUAUUAUUUAUUUAUUUAUAUUACAAUUUAAGGAAUAGUUUAUCCUUACGUAUUUGCUUUAUUCGCCAGCUUAGCUUAGCAGGAAGACUGGAAACAGGGGAAAGUGCUCAAGUGGCUCGGUCCAGAGGAUACACCUACCAGUACUUCUACACUAACUAAAUAAUAUCUUGUUUGCUCCGUACAAAAACUGAAGUGUAAAAACAACAAAUUGCUCUUUUAUGGAAGGAAGUGGGGUUUUUUGGCUCGCAUCAGUUGCCAGGCAACCAGCAGAGACUUGAGGAACCUCAUGUGACUGCAGCAAGAGGACACCGGCCCAUAUUUCAACUCAUACAUAGGGUGAUAAUGCUGCCACCACCUUCCACUUGUUACUGAACCAAGGAGUCCCCUGUCACUCAACCUUGCCACCUAGUGGAGCUCUGAAGGUUUAACUCCCUCCUGGUCAACAGAAAUCUUCCAGCCAACUACCUCCCUCAUCUGGAGAGAUGCCUACCCUGCAACACCCUCAGAUCCUAUUUAUUUUUUAUCUUCUGAAGACAACACAACACUAACCAGUUUUGCACAAUAUCAAACAUCGGUUGGUGAAGUAAUUAAAACCUCUUAUUCAGUUUCAAGUGUCUGCUGGAUCUUGCAGAAAGAGAAGCUCCCAAUUAGCAAGUCACAAAAGAACAAGAUAUAAGAUAUAUAUGUGAUAUACACCCAUGAUCCAUGGUUUCAGGCUAGAGUUAAUGGUGCCCAAGAGCAAGAGACAAGUCUCAUCCAACAAGAGGCAAACUGAGCCACACAGGAGAAGCCACACCCCAAAAGAGACUGCACAAACAAGAGCAAAGCCAGAUGGAACUAUCAUCAUAUGGCACGACAUUUGCAACUACACCAACAACGCAGAAUGACACUCUGACAAGCCCGAGAGGCAAAUAUACCUCUCACAAAUGGGAGUUCCUGGUGGCCGUCCUGGUCACAUCCAUCUCUCUGGCCAUUCUUGUCGCCCUUCUGGCUAAAUGCCAGGUGGUUCGGCGUUACCUGGCCAGCUACCGGCACACACGGCUGAGGGAGACAGACACUGUUAGCCACUGUGACUCAUCAGGCCUGGAUGUGGAAUUUGCCAUGCACGGAGGACGUGGAAUUAACCCUCACUCUUUGCCUCCUGUGUGCGAGGAAGAUGACGACGGCUUCAUCGAGGACAACUACAUCCCGGCCAGUGAGAGAGCGAGGGCUGAAAGAGCAGCGGAGAUCAUGGAGGACACAGAGGAAGAGAUGGAUGAAAUCGAAUUUACCAUCGCUUAAUACGACGGCUGUGUAAACUCCCUUAGCCACCAAUUCCACUCCACUCCUUUCCUUUGAGGAAGAUUCAUAUUGUCCAUCACAAAAUGGGUACUUGGUAAACAUUGGGUAAGUUUAGGAAAGCAUAAAAAUGUAAAUACCAGCACACAGGAUGACUUAAUGCAAGGUGCAUUAUCAUGGCAGUUUCUUAAUGUGCAAUCCAUCCAUAAAGUAUCCAUAAAAGCCCUCAUAAAAGAGCAUUUCAGUAUAUACUUACUGUAGAACAGUGAAUAUAAGUACUAUUCAUCAUGCCUUAUUUGUCAGUAUAUUGGCAUUAAAAGAGAUUAAAAGGUAUUUUGUAAAUAUGAACAUUAACCAACCACCUAUGUAUCUGUUAAAAGUUUUUGGCUAGGCUGAUUGGUUAGUUGAUUUGACAGCACAGAUUGUGUACAAUAUCUACGUACAAUUUGGACAGUAGUGCUUCAGUUUGCUUUGUUUUAUGAAUGAGCGGCGAGCAUGAGAGUAUACUGGAAUAUCACCGAUGACUGAGUUGAGACUGAGCUUUAUGAGAGGAAAGUACAAUUUAAAUGUUUAUCUUGUGUCGUUACACCAUCACUGUACAAUGUGAUUUUUGUGUGAGGUUACUUUCAAGGACUUCUUAAGCCUUUUACAGAUUUUCUAAUGUCCUCAGAAAAGGUACAACUGCUGCUACAUAUAAAAAGUAGGCCAGCUCAAUUAUAGUAACAGCAUUAGCCUACUUGUAAUUAGUUACUUCCUACUUAACUGCUAUCUUUAGAAUAGUAACAAUGGAGGUUUUUCACAGCUGCCAUUUUAACAUGAAAGAGUAGGGUAAACACAGGUGUUAUGAUACUAAUUAGGGUUCUCGUCCAUUCACAACAAACCGAGUCAGGAUGUUGUUAUAAUGCAUGUUGGCUCACUGGAAAUGCUCUGCUAUACUAAAUGGAAUGGGGCCUUAAUUAGUAACAUUGGUAGUGGAGUUUAUCCUACUAUUUCAUGUCAAAAUGGCUGCUGUGAAAAAGGUCUACAGUCUUGGGGCUGUGCAAGAACCCUGACUACCUUCAAGCAAACUCUGUAAAAAAUGAUAAACAGUGUGAUCUGAGUAAAAAUAAAAAUGUUCACUUCAA